CAGCUCUUGAGUCAGAAUCGGAGAAGAGGUUCUUGCUUCAACAGUGUUUGAACGGAACGUCUGUCGUCCUAUUUGCUUUCCAAAGCGACUCGCCUUGCCUUCACACUACCAAAUAACUCCACGCAAAGCUCUAUUUUUGUACCUUAUUUUUUUGUAAGAAAAAGACAAACCCGCCAGCCAAAAUGGAGUCUCAAGUGCGCCAGAACUACCACAGCGAAUGCGAGUCCGCCAUUAACCGAAUGGUCAACAUGGAGCUGUUCGCUUCCUACACUUACACUUCCAUGGCAUUUUACUUCUCCCAAGAUGACUUGGCCCUUCCAGGCUUUGCUCAUUUCUUUAAAGAAAACAGUGAGGAGGAGAGAGAGCAUGCUGAGAAGUUGCUGUCCUUUCAAAACAACAGAGGUGGACGCAUCUUCCUCCAGGACGUCAAGAAACCACAGCGUGGCGAGUGGGGGAGUGGGCUUGAGGCCAUGCAGUGUGCCCUGCAGUUGGAGAAAAAUGUCAACCAGGCUCUGCUGGAACUGCACAAACUGGCCAAUGAGCAUGUGGACCCUCAUCUGUGCGACUUCCUUGAAACCCAUUACCUGAACGAGAAGGUGGAAGCGAUCAAGAAGUUGGGCGACUACAUCAGCAACCUGUCCCGCAUGGAUGCUCAGAACAACAAGAUGGCCGAGUACUUGUUUGACAAGCACACUCUGGGGGGCAAGAGCUAAACAUCUUUGAAAGGCCUUUACACUUAAAAAAAAGCCUCAACAUGUUAUUUUCCCGCUUCAACUGAUUGAUAUAAUUUCAUAUCUAAUCUGGUUUAACGUCGCAAGGAAUAUUGACACUUUAAAUUUAUAAAAGCCAGUGAUUACAUUUGAGUUGAAAAGCUGUUCUAAA